UACUAUAGCAGAUAAGAUACUAUGCUGUAGUAGAUUCCGUGGUUCAUGUGGAAUACCGCCAAAAAUGACAGUGUUUAGAGGUUUUAGGUUAUUGAAAUACCAUAAGUUUUUAUUUUUAGAUUACAUUAAUACCUGUAAAAAUGCAAACACAUUUUAUGUUAAGUUUAAUACUGCAAGUCACACAAACGUUGGGACAGAGAUUGUUACGCUGUCCAAUGGCAAACAGCUCAGCUUGUCUACUGGCAAAUAUGCACGUUUUGCUGAUGGUAGCGCAGUCGUGUCCUUGGGAGACACUUCCGUCAUGGUCACGGCAGUCUGCAAAAGCCAGCCGUCAUCCAGUUCAUUCCUACCGCUAGUCGUAGAUUACAGACAAAAGGCAGCUGCAGCUGGUCGCAUACCAACCAAUUUCUUACGGAGGGAGCUUGGACCAACGGAACGUGAGAUUCUCACGAGCAGAGUCAUCGAUCGGUCCAUAAGGCCAUUAUUCCCACAAGGAUUCUACUUUGACACUCAAAUAACAUGCAAUCUGUUAGCCAUGGAUGGCAUAAAUGAUCCUGAUGUGAUUGCAAUUAAUGGUGCUUCCGCAGCUCUCAGCGUUUCCGAUAUUCCAUGGAACGGUCCCAUAGGCGCUGUUAGAGUCGGAAUGAUUAACAGUGAUGUUCUAAUCAAUCCUACAAGACGCGAAAUUCAAGAUAGCACAUUAAAUAUGAUUAUCACUGCAACUAAGCAGAACCUAAUCGUCAUGAUAGAGGGUUCAGCUAAUGAGAUAUUACAGCAGGACUUGAAGAAGGUAAUGAAGAUUGGCAUGAAGGAGUGCCAGAGUAUCAUAGCUGCGAUAACGAAUUUGCAAAAAACAUGUGGCAAAACGAAAAGAAAAUUUGUAACUGACGAACGACAGGAUGAUACUUUGAUCAAUACUGUGAAAAAGCUGUCAGAGACAAAAGUGCAAGAUAUCUUCUCGGAUUAUGAGCACGAUAAGCUCUCGAGAGACAAUGCAAUCAAUAAGCUUAGUGAUGACGUUAUCACAACAUUGCGAAAAGAUAAUGCAGACUUAGAUAUUACGUCAGCGGAAAAAGUUUUUAGAAACAUUGUUAAGGAUGUUUUCAGGAGGUUAAUUUUGGAAAAGAAUGUCAGGUGCGACGGUCGUUCAUUAAGCGAUUUACGCCAGAUAUCGUGCCAAGUGGACCUCUUUAAUCCUCUUCACGGAUCAGCUGUAUUCCAAAGAGGUCAGACUCAAGUUAUGUGCGCCGUAACUUUGGACUCUUUGGAAAGUGCACUCAAAAUGGACGCUGUUUCGAUGUUGAUCAGCGGUGUGAAGGAAAAGAAUUUCUUUCUCCAUUAUGAAUUUCCGCCAUACGCAACUAAGGAAACGGGCCAUAUUGGACGGGUGGGUCGUCGGGAAAUGGGGCACGGUGCCUUAGCAGAAAAAGCCCUACGACCAAUCCUUCCAAAGGACUAUCCCUUCACUAUAAGACUGACUAGCGAAGUUUUAGAAUCAAAUGGUUCUUCUUCAAUGGCUACCGUCUGUGGUGGAAGUUUAGCAUUGCUUGAUGCAAGUAUACCGAUAUUAUCACCGGUAGCAGGUGUGGCCAUGGGUCUUAUAACUAAAUAUAACGAAAGUAACACAGAUAUCGAAGAGUAUAAGAUCUUGACUGAUUUACUGGGAAUUGAGGAUUAUCUCGGUGAUAUGGAUUUCAAGAUAGCAGGUACGAAGCGGGGAUUCACCGCUUUCCAGGCAGACGUAAAGAUACCGGGCAUUCCGCUGAAAAUUAUAAUGGAGUGUAUCAAUCAAGCGACAGAUGCUAAAACAGAAAUUAUUAAAAUUAUGAACAAAGUGAUACAAACACCACGACAAACUAAAAAAGACAAGAUGCCAGUAGUCGAAAAGUUAGAAGUCCCGAUUCAUCAAAGAGGAAAAUUUCUUGGAAUUGGGGGAACAAAUCUGAAGAAAAUAUUUUUGGAAACUGGAGUGCACAUAUAUCCAAGCGACGAGAACACCUACUCUAUAUUUGCGCCAAAUGAAACUGCGAUGGUUGAGGCAAAAGAAAUGAUUGAAGCCCUUCUGCAAAAAGAUCGUGAACCGACCUUAGAAUUCGGCGCCAUUUACACUGCAAAAAUAGUGGAAAUUCGAGAAUUCGGCGUCAUGGUGACGCUAUAUUCCAACAUGUUGCCGGCAUUAUUACCCAACUCGCAAUUGGAUCAACGGAAAAUUCAUCAUCCUAGCGCUUUGGAUCUCGAAGUUGGCCAAGAAAUACAAGUUAAAUAUUUCGGCCGCGAUCCGGUGACCGGACAGAUCAGAAUAUCACGAAAGGUGUUGCAGGAACCAGUUUUGAUUUCGAAAACUCUGCAUCGUGAUAACGCGGAAAAAAUAUGAAACUCAUCUGUGGAAACCGUUAAACUUUAAACAAAAGCAUGUCGGCCAUUUAUAUUGUGAUAUAGUACUUUUGUAUUCUGUUGAAUACUUUGAUGAUGAUCUAUUAUUUCGCAAAGAUACCUCGUGACAUGCGACACAAUGAUUGUUCGAAGCAAGAAACAAAUUAUUUGUAUAAGUAAGAUGCUUCUUUAACAUUACAGAAGAAUAUGAUUGUGAGCAUAUAUCGAAACCGUUAAUACAUCGGAUUGUACAUUCUUAUCGGUAGUCUACCAAAACGAAUGGCAUUGCAAAAUGCUUUUAUACAAUCUCCAAGUAGACAAAUUGUUGGAAAUAUUAAAGUUUUGUACAAUAUUUGUUAAAAAUACAAGCACGAGAAUAUCGCGAGUGAAAA